AUGUUCACUGGCACAGCGCAGGCCUUAAUCAAUGGGAUACUGGAGAUCAGCGGUGGCCCCCAUACGAACGUCAAGUUCAAGACUGUGUCCUCGCUUCCGAUGAUCCCGACGUCCCAGUUGCUGUCGGACAGCCAAUCCCGACCCAUCAAUACUUAUACAGCCGCUUCGAGAUCGUCCUCCGCGAAAAUUGUGGCCAUGAACCAAAUCCAGAGAAUACUUCUUAUGGAAUGGGAUGGUCCUCCUACUAGAGCAGCCACAACUGUCUAUCGACUUCAGUUGGCCAGCUGCUUGAAUAACCACCCAGCUCUUACACUCUACCGAGCACCAAAAUACAUCAAGCAAUCAGGAAAUAAAGAUAUCAAAGCCCCUGCAGCUUCCUUGUCCCUCACUUAUAGGAAAUACAACUCUCAAGCUAAGCUUGGGCUGUGCGCGCUAGAAGCCCUACACGACCUGACAAAGACUCGACUGGGUCGUGUAACAGGUCAUGAUGGACCAGCACCCUCAUCGAUAUAA